CUGUCCAACCACGCCGCGGCGAGGGAAUUGAGGGUGGCUUCCUCUUCCUCCCGGCGAGGAACUAGGAAACGGGCAUGGAGGAGUCUUUUUCUUUCUUUCUUUCUGGCAUGGGAGGAUUUGGGCGGAGGAGGAAGAAGAUGGCGAGAUGAUGGGCCUUAAUUGUGGUGGUGGUGUGGUUAGUAGUGGGCCUCUUAAUUGUGUUGGAUGUACAGUAUGGAGGCCCAGUCGGGAAAGCCCACUGAGAGCCGCUGCUGUCUGACGGGCGGGCGCACACAGAGUGUGCCCCUCUAGGCGACGGAGAGGGAGAUGGCGGCGGCGGCGGCGGCGGCAGAUGCGGCGUGGUCUCGUAUUCGCCGUCAGCGGCGGCGAGAGCGCGCCGCGUAAGAGGAUGGUUGGGAGGUGGAGUGACAGGCGGCGUCGUGGCGCAUGGCCGCACCACGGGUGGAGAAGCCGCAGGGAGCUAAGAUUCACACGGCAAUCAUUUUGUACAACUACUACCACAGGAAAAUGUCUCCGCAGCUUGCUUUUGCAGACCCUGAACAGUUUUUUGAGUGUGCUUCUCUUUCUGUUGGAGAAGAUCUGCUCGCAUACUUGAGUAUGGUCCAUGAGCAUGAGAACAAUUCUGGCAAGCAUGCGAAGCUAUCUAUUACUCACAAAGUAGCACUACAAGCAUGUGAGAUCGCUGAACAACUCGACGCGAGCAAACAUUCUCCAGAAAUGGCAUUGUGGCCAAUAUCAAAAGUUGCUGUGCUUCUUCUCGACCCAACAAAAAAGAAAUGUUUGGUUGAUUAUAGUGCUAAUACGAAGGGUAUCUGGUCAAUCAUUGAGAAGGAAUUAGAUGGGGCAGCUGGUAAUUCACACAGUACCAACCAGCCAGCAGGCCAGGAAUCGACAGCUAAAGGGAUCGUUGGUGCUUCACAUUCACCAUUUAUGCUUCAGCGACAAGCAUAUUCAGAGGUGGAGCGUAGAACAGGUAUGAAGGUCUCAAACUUGCAUCUUCUUGAUGAAACCAUGGCAUACUCGUUGAGUAACGAAAAGGCAGCUACCAAGGUAUUCAUUGUGGAGUAUGAGCCAACCAUGAAAGGCAGCCUUGAGGAAAUUUCUCUAGAAGACUUGAUUAGCAGUAUGACUGGUCCGCUAUUUGUGAAUGAUCCAUUUCCAAAAACGACAUCUGUAGUAGAGUACUAUCACAUUCUUCCGUACAAGGAGAUUUUGUCUGAACUCCUCCACAGGAAAUGGUCUUCUGAUUCUUCACUAAACGAGCAACCACGUAGACAUGGAAAAGGUUCAUUGCACUCCAUAAUAGAUGAAAAUGUGGAAGAGCAAGAUGAGAAUAGCACGUCCAAGCUGCAAAAACGAAUUAAAAAAGUGUCAACUCCAAAGCAAAGCAAACAAGCAGUUAGUGCCAGCAAGCACAAGAAAAGCAGCAAAAGAAAAUCUGAAGCCUCCAUGGCUGCAGCUGAUGUCUGUGCAGAGGGUCUGAAUAGUGAGAUCCCCACAAUAAAACAUGUUAUUGAGGCGGAACCUCCAAAAUCCAUGAGUAAGUCAAGAAAUACAGAAGCUGCAACCGCAGCAGCAAGUGGAGAAACUAAAAUCCUACAAUCGGGUGUUCAAGUGGAGAAGAACAAAUCACAGGAGCAAUCUAAACGUGACAAUAUGCCCCAAGAUGUCUUUCCUACAGAGGCACCGCAUGUUGAUCUAGUGAAGAACCGUGCUUUGGAAUGCGAAAAUAUGGAUUUGUUAGGAAAGUCAGGCGGCACCACUGAGUACAACGUUGAUGACCAGAUAGAUGAUUCGCUGCGAUCAAUUCAGAAAAUACGGGAUGAAAUUCUUCGCAAGGAAAGCAUACUUCAAGAACGAAGUGCUCAGUGUGAUAUGGACAUGCAGACACUCUUGAGUGAAGGAAAGAUGACACCUAAAGCUGUAUCAAUAAUAAGCAAAUACAAGGAAACUUGCUCAGAUAUGACGGAAGUUACCAAUUCAUCUUGCUCUGGAGAUGGUGGCCAACCCAUCACUAAGAGGAAGAAAUUGAGGGAGGCACUCCUGCGACACUGCCAGGAGCUUGAUGAGAUUUGCCGUGGGGCCCAUUGGAUAUCCCCAAGAUACACGCUACUACCUUCAGCAUCAGAUGGUGAUUUCCGCAUAGCUUUUGUGUAUGACGGCUGGAGGACCAACUCAGACCUCGCUUGCCUCAGGGUCAGGAGGUCCAAGGCGCCACAAGACCGGGCCAGGAGUUUGCGUAAACCUGGGCCAGGAGUUUAUUUGAUAAAGGUUUCCAGAAUGAUUGGCCACACCUACCUAAAAAGUUCGGAAUUUAACCAUGAGCCCCUUCUGGCCUGGUUCCAUAUUCCAAGGCCCUUCCAUAAUCCAAUUCUUUGUCCCGAACCAUCCAUUGAAGAACAUAGACUGUGCAGAAUAUUAGUUUGUUAUAUUUGCGUCAGAUGAACUAUGGGAGCACUUGAACAAUCAGGAAGCCGUGGAUAUAGUUCAUUGUUUACCUCGGAAUGUAAGAUGAUUUGCCAUACUUCCUCAUAUAUUACGCUUUCCCAGUGUACUAAAAUAUGCUUCCCAUUUUAGUCUUGCCUUAUAUUGUUGAUAUGUAACCCAAAUAGGUUAAACCGAAUGUUGUAUCGAAACAUGUAGUAUUUACUUGUAAAAGAGCAACUGAGAGCCUGGUGGGUCGGGAUGAAGGAAGAAUACCCCUGAGAGCCCAAACUCGAGUUCGAAAAUAUAUGCAGAAUAUAUGUUUGCCUCUGCUAUAUACAUAUGUAAUUUUCCAGUCUGUGUUUUCUGCUCCUCUUUGGCGCAAUGUGGAAGAUGUUGGUUUUAAAGGCUAGCAGGGAAGCCAGUGGUGGAGUAAUCAGUGGUUUAUGAGGUCAUGGAGCCCAAGACCGGAUGCAGCAGAAGAAGCAGCGUCGUUGCCGUGCACUAAGAAGGUCAACAGAGUCUGUGAGGCGGAAGAUCCAUAGCAUACAGAUUCGAGCAGUUGUUUAUGCUCAUAGGACUACUAGAGAAGAUUUACAUGUAGCCUGAGAAGAAGACCGAUGAAGAUCUUGAUUGUAUCAGGCAUUCAGGCUAUGAUUUGGAGAGGUGGCUCUUUAUUUUAUUUGCCUGUGCCACUCGAUGUGUACAUGUACUUUACUCUGAAUGUAUGCAUCAUCUAAUUUUGACUCAAUCUAGGCAGGAAGAAGGUGUAUCCAACCAAAGGGAACAUCAUAUUUUGUUAGUUGCCAAUGUACGAUACCUAAGCCUGAACACUAACCUAAGCGGAUGCGUUGGAUAUGCCAUUCCUCAAUGUGUACCUGGAUUCUCUUUGGGCAUCUAAUUUUUGGGCAGGUGUUGUUCUAGCAGCCCGCUUCGCUUUGGUCUUCAGAUUAAGCAAUUCUCUGCAUUCAAGGGAAAGGUCAAUAGCUGCUCUCCAAAGCCAACGCCGGUCUGUAUUCAUCUGCUGAAUCAGGUUGGCCACGACGAGGAGACGGACACGACCGCGUCGUCCCAUCGACCUCCGGGGCCUUUGAUAUCUCAGGGUGUGUGUCAUGUUAUGUUGGGUUUCCUGUGAUUUCGGUGCGGGUAGCUACAUAGCGUCCGUGAGCCAUGCGUGUGACAUGCAUGCUAGGUAAUCUUGACUCCGGUGCGACGGUGCUGGAACCGCCUCCGCUGGUUACGACCGCCGUGGCUAUGCUUGAAGGCAGAAUCACCACGAUGACUGUAGUUGCCGCACUCAGAUCAGAACGGCAGCCACGGUAUAUGAUCAAGCCUUUACUGUCGUCCUCUGAAUUUGGGAUCACGUGCAUCUGCAAGAGAAAGAGCAUGAGAGCCUAAGAGGGUAGUACCACGUUACGAACAAGUUGAUUUUUAUCCAUGGAAUUGAUCUGAUGCGAAGCUGAUGCCACAUAAAAGGACCAAGGAAUGAACACGAAGCAAAUUAUAACUCUCAGGUUCAUGGUUUAGGAGCAGGAAAGAACACUUCCAAUUGUGUAGAUGGGUCAUCAGUAGCAUUUCUCUAAUUAUUCUUAUAGAGACUGAUUUGGAUUGUUGAAGGAAAGGAUCUCAAUUCUCAAUAGCAAACUGCACUGGGACAUCUUGGACCUAUUCUCCA